ACAGGCGACAGCCCCCGCCGGAGGUCCGCGGGCAGCCGAUCCACGUGAGGAAGCGGCGCCCCCUUGCUGCGCUCGCGUUUAGCUGCGGCUGAGCCGGUGAGGUCAUCACCGCGGCUUGUGGAGCCUGUGCUGGAGAGGCCAGUAGAAGCGGUCUCUGCCUGUGGGCUUUUGGUGGCACCGAGUGAUCUGGAAGCAGCAGCGCUUCGGCAGGCAGGUGCUUACUGCGGAGGAAGAGCUGCUAUACGAAGAGGAGAAUGGGAGCUGCUGGCCGCCCGCGUAGACAGUGUACUGCCAGGCGGCAGGUAGCGACGACAGCGGCUGGGGCUUCCCGGGAAGAUGCAACGCUCUAGUGACGGUUUCCCCCUGUGGAUGGGAGGUGUGCCCUGAUCUUUACUUUCCUAUUUCAGCACCAUGACAUCCACACCACAAACCCUGCACUUCAAUCUGCUGCGUCCAGAUGGCAACCCAGAACGCAUCCUGAGUUGUGAGCAGGAGAUUGAGCGGCGCUAUGAGAUUGUACCCUCAGUUGUGUGUUCUAUGUGCUGCCUCUUUGGGAUUAUCUACUGUUUUUUUGGUUACCGCUGCUUCAAGGCAGUGAUGUUUCUGACUGGUCUGAUGUUCGGUUCCAUCAUCAUCUUCAUGCUCUGCUACAAGGAGCGGGUGCUGGAUACACAGCUCAGCGUAGAAGCCAGUGUAGGCAUUGGCCUGGGCAUUGGAAUUUUAUGUGGCCUCGUCACAAUGCUGGUUAGAAGUGUUGGCCUCUUUAUGGUGGGGCUACUCUUGGGACUCCUGGUGGCUGUGGUGACGCUGGUUGUCAUGGAGCAGUUCUACCACCCCACUACAGUUUGGAUUCCUCUUGGUUUGCUGCUGGGAACAGGCAUGUUGUUUGCUGUACUUACCUUGCAGUGGCAACGUUGCUUCACCACUCUUUCCACAGCGGUUUUUGGCAGUGCCAUCAUCACAGUCACAGUGGACUACUUCAUUGAGCUGUUCUUACUGGUCAAAUAUGUAUAUGACAGAAUCAAGGUGGCACCGCCAAAAUCUCUCUGUUGGUUUAGCUGGGUCAUUCUUGGUGUAUGGCCAAUGCUCACUAUUCUUGGAGUUCUUGUACAAUGGAAAGUGACUGCAGAGGGAUAUUCACAUACAGAGGUGAUUAUUAGCCGACAACAGCGCAGAGUGCAGCUCAUGAGAAUCCGGCAGAAGGAAGAACGCAAAGACCGCAAAAAGAAGAAGCAGCACCACCAGCACCAGCAGAAAUCAGUCCACCAGGAGCCAGUGUACCGGCGGAAGCCUAACCCCAUCCGACGCUUUGAUGGAGAUGUUCUUUCCCCCCAGAUCCAGUUUCCUGCAAUGGUGCAUUUACCUGCUUGCUUGGCAACUAAGCCUGGCUCUCGCAAUCUGGACCACUUGAGUUACAUUCAAAGUUUCCGGGAACGACAGACUGGGAACUCACUUGUUAGUGGCACCCGCACCAUUGUGGACCUGGACUAUGACUGUGGCUCGACGGUGCCUUUAACUGCUGCUGCUGGACCUGCUGUCCGUGUCUAAUGCCCUGUGGGGGUUUGUCUUUGUAUCCUGCUCUACUGGCAUUCAGACUCCUGAGAAAGCUGAUGUCAGGGGGCCUUCUCUCUCACUCAGGAUUCCCAGAGCUGGGCCCUGAUCUCGACAUACAUUUCUGAGAGAGGCCCGAACUCUUAAAAUGCACGUUUACACAUGUGGUGGGACUCUGGGUUUUCUGGAAGCUCACUCAAUGUUGCAGUUUGAAUUUUUUUUUUUACCUUUAGAAGUUCACCUUCAGACAAACAGUGAAGCAAGGCUUUCAUGACCUAUGUUUGUGGGCACCAGGUGCCAUUGUGAAGUGUGCUGAUACAGAGUGAUGCUUAAUCCUUGUACAGAUCCUUUUUACAUGCAUGUUUACAGAAACAAAUUACAUUUGGAUCUGUCUUAAUUGGACUGGAUUAUUUGAGGACUGUUUGCUGGCAGAUAGAUCCAUGUGUGGAGAAGUGAAAUAUGCAAAUGGAAUAUUAUUUCUCUGGACAUUGUGUCAUUAAUGCAGAAUUAAAGUAGUACAUUGAGUUGCUACCAUACAUCUCAUCCGGAGUCAGCUGCCUCACACUGCAUCAACAAAGUAAAACAGGAGGGAUCUGAGUGCUUAUUGCCUGAAAGCAGAUCAUCUGGAGCAAAAUUAUGUCAGAGCACUUCAGAUGUCACACUGGACCAAUGAAGGGCUGCCGUCCUGGAAACAUAUCCUCCGAAGCAGAGUCACACAGGGUUACCGGAAGUCUGCCUUUCUGGAAGCAAAUCCUCUGAAGCAGAAUGAGAGUGGGUCAGCACUGAAUAUGCGGAGAAGUGCUUUCCUAGAAAUGGGUGGCCUUAUGCAUUGCUACACUGGCUUUGCACUGAUGCAGAGAGAUGCUGAAGGAAUUGAGGACAUCAUUACUUGAGCCAGUUUGAACCAGUCAGAGCCAACUUUUUGGUCCUGACUAUGUUCCAUAUUGCACAGUGGGUAGGAUCUGGCAGUUUGUAAGAAGGAAGUAGCCUAGUUUUGCGGAACAGAAGAUGAGUGCAGCCUUCCAUCUUUUUUUUUGUCUGAGCUUUUUUCAAGCCAUAGCAUUAUUUACUCCUUUUACUGGAACAAAUCCCUUUGUAACAAGUACAUAAUAGUGACUGAUCAAACUGCAGUGGUGGAUUUUGUUCUAGAGAUUUGAUGAAAUCCACCAAAUUUUCCCUACCCUGUGUGUGUGGACUGACCUGUUGUAGUGUGUGACAUAUUUCAUUCACUUAAAUGGCAGUGCCAGAGUAUCAAGACAAGCUGCUGAUUGUGUUGUAGCUACUUGUUCCUCCCUGGUUCUUUUUUUAGAUCCUUGUGGCAGGGCCCUCUUCUGUUUGUUUCUAUAAAUCUGUGAGAAGAAGGAAGCCCAGAAGUAUGAAUAUAUAUUUCAAGUCAAUCUCAAAAUGUGUUAACCACCCCUUACCCCUGAUUUUUCCUUAAAUCUGUUCCUAAAAAGAAACGUUGUAGCAUUUGUUCAGUAAUGCAAAAGUUAUAUUUAGAGUAAUUAAAGGGGAAGUCCACUUUUCUUGAAAUGUAGGUUCAUUAUAGCACUUAUUAGCACCUACAUCAGUACACCUAGCUAUUAUUAUGUCUGUUGUUUGCAUUUUUCUUCUGGGCUACUCAGUUUCAAAGUAACAAAUUCUGCUAAAAUCGAAUUGAUUUUCUAUGUGUCACCAUUGCAUAUGUUUUUUAAAUGUCAAAAAGGCUGCUUUCUGACCAGGAGACGAUAGUGGUAUCGUUUUAUCUGUCCUGUCUCAUACUCAGGAAGAAGGAGGAAGCUUCAUCUUUCAUUGUUGAUGUUUAGGAAGCAUUCUGCUAGAAAUUAACACAACCAUGUUGUCACUUCAUAAUGACCAACCUAUAGUGUAAUUCACAUCUUGAUAUUCUGUUACCACAGUGGCGCAGUGGGUAGCGCUGCUGCCUCGCAGUUAGGAGACCCGGGUUUGCUUCCUGGGUCUUCCCUGUGUGGAGUUUGCAUGUUCUCCCCGUGCCUGCGUGGGUUUCCUCCGGGCACUCCGGUUUCCUCCCACAGUCCAAAGACAUGCCGGUUAGGUGCAUUGGAGAUUCUAAAUUGUUCCUAGUGUGUGCUUGGUGUGUGUGUGUGUGCGCAUGUGCCCUGUGGUGGGCUGGCGCCCUGCCUGGGGUUUUUUCCUGCCUUGCGCCCUGUGUUGGCUGGGAUUGGCUCCAGCAGACCCCCGUGACCCUCUAGUUAGAAUAUAGUGGGUUGGAUAAUGGAUGGCUGAAUGGAUAUUAUGUUACAUAUUUCAAAAUGUAAAUAGAAAGCAUUUGGGCUACUGAACUGAUUUAGUGCCCUGAGAUGGACUGGCACACUUCCUUUCUUGUACCUCAUGUUGUCAGGGUGGGCUUCAGGACACUGAAAAAAUUAAAUGGCUUGAAAAUGGAUGGAUGGUUCAGUAAUUUCUUCAAUGCACACAAUGGUGACAGGACCAGCUGUAAAAAUAGAUUGGGUAACUUGAGUAAACGCAAGAAUGGAUGAAGUAGUUUACAAUAAAAAAUCUGCUAACACAGCUGCAGCUGUCGGGAGUGAGCUGGCGGUUUAAGAUAAUCACCAUAUAUCAGUUUGUACUAGGAACAUACUGUAUAUAUACCAUAGAUAUGGGGUCUCAACAUGGGUCUAAGUGUUAUAAUGAGCCUAUAUAUCAAUUUCCCCUUCAGUAUUAGCUGUUCUACAAAGAAUUGAAUGAGCCAAUUGGUAAAUGAUUUGGGCCUCUCCUUUAGUUUGGACCUGCAGGGUUUUUUCUCCCCACUAUCUACCCUGUUUUCUUUUCCUCUGGCAUGCUCAGGAAUUUCUGUUCAGUCUUCCUUUGCAGUUCAGUGUUCUGCAGUGCUUGCUUACACUUUUCCCACUUUUAAAAGGGAGCAGCAAUGAAACUGGGCAGCCAUGUCUUAUUUUACAGGAUAUCUUGUGAAUGAAUGAUGAAAGUAGUGUUGGAUUUAGAAGCAGGAUGUUUGAAAGUGUUUGACGUUUAACUUUUCUUAUUCAUUCUCUGUGUGCCACUACCAAAGCCAUAUAUUUUUAGGAAGUAAAAUUUCUCUUUUGUGACACACAUUGCCCAUGUCAUUCUCAUUUCGAUUAAAUUCGGCUGAUUUCAAAUGUCACAUCUGAGAUUAUUUUAAAGGCAUAAUAGGAAAGACCAUGAUUCGGAUAUAGGGAAACAACUCUUAACACUUGUUAGGGUGAAAGGGAAGUUGUUCAAUAUUUUAGAGAAGAACCUUUCCUAUGUUUCUGCAUGCAGUGUAUCCAUUAAUACUGAUUGCAGUCUACAUGUCGUCAUUUCCGUUGUUCUGUAUGACAUUGUGGCAGAAGAGAAGUUUUACUGCUGUAAACACAGUUACGGUUUUUGGAAUCAGACCACAUUUUAGGACUGUGUACCAUUUUACAUUAUUGUUCUAACUUUAAAGGGAGUGGUGCCUGGUACUUUUCUUACAACAGGCAUUUCUGUUGAAGCACAAUGUCCCAGACAGGGACAUUCUAAAAACCUAGAUUUGCCCUUCUUACUUAUGAAGUACUCUUAUGAUUCAUACAAAGCACUUUAAGUGAUUUAUAGAUUUUUUGGAUGUUAAAAUAAAAGGAAAAAGAUUUCAAGUCUCUUUUUUGAAAUAGAGAAGAUACAGUAUGUUUCAAACAAAAAAGACACUGACUGCUCAGUCAUUCAAGUCUUUCUGGUUAGUCAAUACUUAAGCAGUCUCAAUGUUUCAUCCAAAUAUAUCUUACGAGUCCUCAGGGUCUUCUCUUCACCUACAUGUCUUAGUAGUUUCUUCUGGAUUUCCAUGACUUUCUGUGUGUUAGCUGGUUUCUCUCUUCAAUGCAUCUCCCUUAAUUUGUAUGGAUUCUGCAGCCCCCAGAGUCCUCAAAUGACUGUUUAACUGAAUUUUGUGGCAUCGUCUUUUCCAGUACUUUUUUGUGAUUUGCUUUAGUUGUUUUUAAUGUCUUCAUGUCUGUUCUAGAUUUUCCUCCACGUAACUUUAAUUAAAUGGUUCCCUUUUGAGCGAGUAUGGUUAUGUGGCUGAAUAGGCACCAUAAUGGAUGGGCUCCUCAUUCAUGUUUGUUUUCUGCCUUGCAUCCAGUGCUUCCAAGACAAGCUUCAUAGGUUUAUAUGACCCUGAAUGGCACAAAGCUAGUAAGAGAAUGGAAGGGUAGGUUGUCCACCAGCAUUAUUGAUUUUUUCCUUCCACACUUUGACCCCUCCACUGAAACAAACUUUUUUCCUCCGUGCUAUACCAGAUUUUUAAUUACUGCAUGCAGAUAUCCUUGAAAGUCACGUCAGACCUUUGUUUUCUUAUGUAAACCUCACAAAGUAUCUAUAUUACUAAACAACAGUUUAAUUUAUGCACAGCGGAUGCACCGAAGUGCAUGCGCACUGUGCUGCAGCGCCCCAGAGUCAAACCCAGCGGCUUCCCAGAGUCAGUAGGUGGCACCCAAACAACACAACCUGUAAACUUAACUUGCUCUAAUCCACUGUGCCAGCAGUCGAUGUCAGCAGAGGCAAAAGAGUCACGGCUCCAAAUGGAAAGAGCUCAACGAUUUGUAAUACAAAACCGAGCCCGUAGUUCCCAGAGUCAGUGCGUGGUGCCCAAACACCACAACCUGUAAACUACACCUGCUCUAAUCCACUGUGCCAGCAGUCAGUGCGUGUAAGUUGGAGUAUGCUUCCUAACAGUAAACGACUUCUACCUAACGACACAGCCACAGAACAACAAAGACGAGACCGCAUGGAUAAAAACAAUACGACGCGCUUCAGACACACCAGAAGCAAAGACAUCACAGCUCCACAAUGAAACAGCUCAACUAACGGAAAUACAAAAUGAGCCCGUAUGGAUAAACACAAUGAACGAACACGCCCACAACGCUCUUCUGACACAGCAGAGGCAAAGGAGUCACGGCUCCAAAUGGAAGGAGCUCAACGAUUAGUAAUACAAACACGAACCCGUAUGGCUACGACCUGUAAACGAGCCCGUAUGGAUAAAAACAAUGAAUGAAGGUGCCCACACAAAGAAACCGCUUUAGUACAAAUAUGUUUAUUUAAUUAAAUGAAAACUUUACCAUGGCUACGACCUGUGAACUAAACCUGACGUAAAGCGUGCACGCCAGAUUGUACAGCCGCCCGGACGCAACCGCCCACACCACCGCAUAUACCAACUUCAUUUAGUAAUGUAGCCCUCCAUGCCCGGAUCCGCCGCCAUGGUCACUUCAGCACGUGAAUCCGCCGCCGUCAGCAAACGACGUCUCCUAGACGACACAGCCAUAGAAAAACAAAAAAAGAGACUGCAUGGAUAAAAACAAUAAACGAAGGCGCCUACAACGCGCUUCUGAAACACCAGAACCAGAUGAGUCACAGUUCCAAAAAGAAACCGCUUUAGUACAAAUAUGUUUAUUUAAUUAAAUGACAUUUCCCAAGACGCACCCACCCUCCAUGAUAUUUCAUCCCUCCAAAUAUCGGAGGGAACAGAAAGUGAUUGCCAUUCUUGGAUUUGUGAUUCUGUCGAGAAUCGCGGGGUUGCUGGUCUUCUAGAAUUCAUAUUCUAGCUUUGGGAUUCAGAAGGGAACAGACAGCUCAGCUGAGGUGGUAAUGCUGACUGUCCAGACUGGGCUAUUGCUGCUGUAGCAUGCAUCCAUAUGAAACUGUUCUCCAUGUAGCUGGUGACUUUUUAAAAAAGCUAUUUUGUAUUCUGUUGGCCGAGUGGUUAGCACUACAUUGCCACAGAUCUCCAGAAGGCUGGGUUCUAAUUAUUGGCCAGGCAUUGUCUGUGUGGAAUUUGCACAUUUUCUUUAUGUUGAAAUGUGUUUUUUCUCUCGAAGGUCAGUCUUUGCUCAAAGAGACAUGGGUUCCAAUUUGCUUUGUCCUGGAGUGAGGGAGUGUUUAUAUGUCAACCCAUCCAGGUUAGUUUCCAGCUUAAUGCAGAUGCUGAUGGAAUAGGGCCAGGCCACAUUCCUACAAUUGAAUUAAGUCAGUUCAAUAAAUGGACAGACAGUUUUGUACACCAAGAUCCUGUAGUGGUUUCAGAAGAUGGAUUCUAAUGGUGUCAUCAAAGGUAUAUUCUUAAGACAGCGCCUCCUCAUUUAAGGUUUUUGAUUGUUGGCUAUCCUGUGCCAGGCAUUUCCUAGUCCACAGGAACUGAGCAGGCUGGUCAUUAGGACAGAGAAGAGAUUGGUGCUAAUGGUUGUUAUUUUAUUUUGUUUUGUUGUUUUUUUAAUCAUGCUAUUGUUGCGUAGCAGUUGUUAUUGUAAUGUUGCUUGAAAUAUUAAUGCCCUGUAUUUACACAGGUGUUCACUUUGUUUUAUCUGAUGAGUGCUGCUUCCUAUAGGCACGUUGUCAUUAUUAAUAAUUAUUUUUUUUAUUAAUUUUUUUUAUCUAUUUCUGAUUAAUUCAACCCAGAUGUGUUUUUUGGCUUCAUUUUUUCCCCCACAAACUGUAUUCUGGAUGUUAAUUUAUAAACCUGUUUUCCUGUGCCAUUCAAAACUUAAUUGUUUUCUUGCAUGUGAAAGCAUAUGCAUGGGUUGUGCACAUCACUCCAGUGGCCCAGCUGGCUUCUUUGUGUUUUUGUAAUUGUUCGUCUCCAUCUAGACCUUUGCAUUUCUUGUCACAAAGCCUUCUCUUAAUUAAGGCCUUCAGCAUAUUUAUGAACAUGUCAUUGCAAGAGAGUACCUGAGCAAGACCCUUUCUGUAAGGUCAUCACAAGCUGGUAUGUCUAUCAAUCAGUAUUCUCUACCCUCUCCUUUCUGUGCUUCAGAACAGCUUUGGCUUAAUCACAUCCUUAGGAAAGAUCAUUCCAGAUCUGAUUUCUGUUCAGAGAUAGUAAUUCUGGCAUUUGUCAUAAAGCUGAAUUACACACAGUCUGGUUUAAGUGCAGUCAGAGCACAUAGUCAGCUGCGUGGAACACAUCCAUGCUUAUGUCUCACCUUCACUAGACUGUAGGGUACACGACCUGUGCUAGGAAUCAGUUUGGGUAUUAUGUUACAAGGUUUCGCAGUUGUAGGAAAUUCAGGUUAUAUACUUUAUAAAACAGUAGAAAAGGAAAGGAGUUGGUUCUCAGACUCACCUUUCCACUGGACAUGAGUUUGAUUUAGAAAUUUUUUUACUCAGCAUAAACAUUCAUGAGAGGUGCUAGUGGGCAAUCACUCAUAAUAACAAGCAACAAAGAGUAUCAUUGUGAAAACAUGUGGAAUCCAGAUUCAAUUUUCUGAAUAUACAGAGCAUUGUUAUGGGGAAUUGUGCUGUAGUCAGAUGGACAGAGGUAUGGGCUAUCGUCUGGGAACAGCAAUAUUCCCCAGUACAGUAACUGUUUUGCUUGGUUAUAAACUGUAGCUUUGUACACUGCUAGUGACAUUUUUUUAUAAAUGAGAUCUAUAUUCUGUAUAUGAAAAGGUACACCACUUUCUUCUUACAACCAAAAGACCUCAAAAUGAGUAGAUUGGGAAUAUUAAACUGACUCUGUAUGAGUGGACUUACCCCAUCUGGCCCUGGUCCUACCUUGUAAAUGAUAUUGCCAGGGUAGGCCUUAGCCCCCUCCAAAACCUUAAACUACAAUUAGUAAAGGAUGUGAGAAAAAAAUGAGGGACAGUAUUAUCUUUGGUAGAGCAGAGUCUUCAGUUUUUCAAGUAACACAACUGAUUAAGUGUCUCACUUGGCCUGUUCAUCAUAGAAGCUCCACUGUGCAUUGUACUGUAUUAGUGAGUCAGUGUUCUAACAAGCCAUCAGACCUCCUUUUUUUAUCAUGAAGGUUGAGUCAAGAUUGAGCAUACAAAGCAAGUAGUUAAGCCUAACACAAAUGUGUUCAUUGAUGGCCGAGGAUGGUCAAAGUGCUGUACAGAUGAACUGAAGAGUGAGAGAAAUUUAGCAGCUCUUGUCUCUGAAAGGAUUAGCCACAUGUAGAGAAAUUGUUGUCUUAUCAAAGGUGGCCUCUGUUAAGGUUGACUUCUGUGCAGUUCCCAUUUUCCAUCCUUAUUAGAAUUGAUUCCAACUAAACUGUUAAUUGUUGACUAAUGUCAAAAAGUUCUAGAAUUUUCAUCUAAGAGGUGUCAUCUCCUCUUAAGUUGAUCAGUGGAAUUUGUCAAUAGCCAGGAGAACAGCAGUUUGACCAGAACAAAAGUAGCAAAUGGCUUGGACCCAUGACCCCACAAUGGAUGAAGUGAGUUCAGAAAUACAAACAUCUUUUCUAGUUGGUCAAAUCAGCGAUCUGAACAUGGUCAUUUCCAAGACUAUUUGGAUCUUUUUUGCAUGCAGUAUUACCCAUACUUUUUUAUUGGAGGUUGUUAUGUUUGUGAGUCUCUGCCUUAUAAGGGAGGGAAAAUAAUUUUGAAUAUUAUUUAAGUCACUUAUUUGAAAUCAGGGUAUGAAGCCAUGGGGCAUAUCAUUUGGCAUUGUGGGCCACAAUGAAUGCUGCUUUUUUAUAGCUAGUAGAUUUCCUGCAUUUUCAAUGGACUUCUAGCUUUAUUUUGAACUUUGUGUGGCUUAUAUUGCCUUCAGGAAAAAAAAAACAUGUUCUUAAAGUUUUAACAUUUAAUAUUUGUGCCUGGGCUGUUUAGAACAAACAUUUUUUUACUUCUUUAUAAAUACCAUGUAAUUUUCUCAGAGGGCCAGUCAACUGUCAUGUUCUAUGCAGAAGUGACAUGUCCUAACACUGCAGUUCACGCAGAACUGCAGUUCUUAAACUGCCUGAUAGACUGGCUUCCCUUUCAUAAUGUAAUUCCAGCUCCACCACUUCUCACUCAUAGCCGUCCGUGCUCAGGAUGAAUACUGUAGAACUUAAAACACAAACAGGUAUAUAAGGCACAAAUAAGGGGCAGGUCAGGAUAAGGCUAACAGUCCAAUAGGUUAGGUUUAUCCCACCAGAUCACCUCCCACCAGGAGCAGCUUUUGUAAUGACCUGAUCCUUCCUCACACCUUGUGAUGGAGAAGAACUUAAGAUGUAGAGCAAAGGGGGCAAGUGCUUUUCCAGGAGAAGCCCCACUGGAUGAUCUGAAUGAGUGAGACUUUGGCCUGAGGUCAGUUAGUUGAUGAGGUGGUGACUGAACGUUCCAGCACACAAGGUCGGGUUUCUCCUCGACCAGACUGAGCCAGUGCUUGUAUUCUGCAAGACACAAACUUAAAAAAAUUACUAAGUGGGAUUGUGACAGGAUGCAAGGUGCAGCUUUUGUCAUUGGAUAUUUGUGUUUUUUUUUCUAAGGCUUCUUUUUAUAGCUUUUCUAACUGUGGCAUUAUUCUGCAUUGAUGUACAGAGGUGAGUGCAGAAGGUCCCCCUACACAUACUAGUGUAAGGGGAAAUGCAGAUAAAAGAUGCAGCAAAUUGUAUUUUUCAAUUUGUUUCUUGUUGUAUAUUUGGGUUUUGACUGUGCCAAAUUUGAUCUAGUGUAUAAUAUUGUUUUACUAAAUGUGAAUUAAAAUAAUUUAUUUCAA